AUGAACAAGCAAUACGGAACAGAAACAAAUCGCUACGACUAUGAUGUGUGGCAGGAAAAUCAGCGGAAUUGUCGGCAGGAAUGUUCACCACAAGCUGUGCCGCUACAAGGAAUACCGCUAUACCAAGGUGAUGGUGAUGAUAAAGAAGAGCUGAAACGUUUUGUGGUACAAGGGUAUAAGGAUGUGUGGGCUGCAAUAUUAUACAUUUUAUGCAUUCUUGCAACUAUUGGGCUUGGAAUAUAUAAUAUUGUGAAGCCUGAUGCUUCAGGAGAAGAAGAAGAGGAAAGUGUCGUAUCGGUUAAAUCAUCUAACCCGUUUUCUGGUGUGUUUAAAAGUGUUUACAUUUGGAUUGCCGUUGCUGGUGGAAUUGCCAUAGCUGUGGCGUCGCUUUCCUUUCUCUUUAUGAGGAUGUUUCCUCGGAAGAUUAUUAUUGUGGCAAAUGUUGUCUCGAUUAUCAUCAAUAUUGGAGGCGCCGCUGCCGCCAUUGUGAUGGGGGUGCUUCCACUUGGCAUUGCUUUACUCAUUAUGUGCGCUAUGCACAUACUGUGGUUUUACUUUGCACGGCACCGAAUUCCUUUUGCUGCAGAACUUCUCAAGGCCUCUAUCGAUGUGUUGUCUGGCUACAAGGCGGUAUAUUUAUUCAAUGUCAUGUUAUGUGUUGGUUGUGCGGGGUUUACCAUAUUAUGGGGGUACGCAGCUGUUCCUUCACUAGAAACUGCCAGUAACAAAGGUGACAGUGGGGCACUAGCGGUUUUGCUACUUCUUUUCCUUAUGUUGGUUUUUUUUUGGUCAUCUCAAGUUACUGGAAAUCUGAUGCAUGUAACAACUGCUGGACUUACUGCUACAUGGUACUUUGCUGGUAAGGAGAAUAUGCCAAAGAAUCCCACCCUCGCCUCAUUCAAGCGAGGUACCACCACAAGCUUCGGCUCCAUUUGCUUUGGGUCACUGCUUGUGGCAAUUAUCCGUCUCAUACGGUGGCUCGUGUCAACCGCAGAAGGUAGUGAACAUGAAAUAUUACGCUGUAUAUUCCUUUGUAUUAUUGGUUGUUUGGAGAGUUUGAUGGAAUACUUCAACACAUACGCAUUUGUUCAUGUUGCCAUCUAUGGUUGUGGGUACAUUGAAGCAGCGAAAAUGACAUGGGAGUUGUGUAAACAGUGUGUGUUUUCUGCCCUGUUCAAUGACACUCUAAUUGAUGUAACACUGAAUCUACUUGUUACUUGUGGUUCGCUACUGGUUGGUAGUGUUGUCGGUCUACUCUUCAGAUCCUGGGUAGCAUUCGCGCUUGGUUUUGCCGUUUCUAUAUUGGUUCACCUCCUCAUAUUCUCCCCCGUAACCAGUGCUGUAACCACCUUAUUCGUAUGUUAUGCGGAAGUGCCUGAGGGCCUUGAGCACUCAUCCCCUGACUUGUACGCGGCUCUUCAGAGAACUGACCAAAACGGCACAUCAAAUGGAGCAGCACCUCCACGUGUGUAA